AAAAUCAAUACACACACAACAAUGGCAUCCUCUUCCCUCCUCCUCCUCGCGAUCAUCGUCUCUUCCCUUUCAACCAUCGCCGCUCGUCCUUGCAAAACCUUCCUCAUCUCCUCCUAUUCCCUCUCAAUAACCCCAGAAAACCCUAACCUCGAAUCCCAAUCCGAUCUCCCCUCCCCUCGAUUCGUCACCGUCUUCACGAUCCGCCGUCUUUAUCCCCACCCAAUCGUCCCUUUCUUCGUCAAUCGCCGUCACGGGUUCCUCCCUUCCGCCGCCGAGAAUCCUCAGAUCCGAGAGGAUCCCCCUCAAUUACCCUUCUCCGAGAACAUCAAGGACCGCGCCAGUGACAUCCUUAGCGUCGUGGUUGGUCUCUUGUUCGGCGUCGGAUGCGGUGCCCUAACCGCAGCUACCAUGUACCUCGUUUGGGCUCUCGUCGUGAACCGCCACGGAUACGACGAUUUCGAGGAAGAUGAUUUCGAGAACGAGGAAUCGGAUGCGGCUAGCUUGAAGAAGUUGGGCUACGUCAAGAUCCCUGAUCCAGCUCCUGUGAAGGAAGCUGCUUAAUUUCUAUAGGUUGUUCUUAUCCUAUUUACCCAAACAGUAAAAAGAAUGAAUCCUUUUUGUGAAUUCAGUUUCUAUCUAUGUUGCCUGUCAAUAAAGUUGAGUCUUGUAUGGAUCUAUACUCAGUGCUUUAAGAUUUGUGUAAUGCAUUUUUUUAGUUUAAAAUUACAAGUGUUACUUUUUGUCUGCGGA